ACUAACCAAGUCACCAUCUUCCCGGCACACACACAAACACACUAAACCUUAUCCACCCGCAAAACCCCAAGAAAACCUCCAUGUUUCCCCACCUUCACUAUUCAAUAUCUCAACACUCUUGAUUGCCCAAUAUCUAAACCUGACCCUGACCCUGACCCUGACCCAGAUGGAGCUUUCUUCACCAUUAAAACCCACAAAUUCACCAAUCUUUCACAAAACCCAUGACCACUUUUCUUUCUCAUCUUCACUUUCACCUUUCCCAAUCAAAACCCAGUUUCAAAAUCCAAACUUUAGAAAGCCCUUUUCAUUAAACCCUAAAAUACUCUCUGCAAUUGAUUCCCAAGAGCAAGAAAAACUUCCCCAAAAUAGCCCACAAAGAUUACUUAAAGAAUUAUCUCAAAGACAAAAAUUCAUUUCCCCAAAUAAAAGAAUACCCCCAAAAAGAUUUAUAUUAAAACCACCUUUAGAUGAUGCUAAAUUGGCCCAAAGAUUUCUUAACAGCCCACAAUUAUCAUUAAAGCAGUUUCCUUUAUUAAGUUCUUGUUUGCCAUCAAUGAAAUUAAACAAUGCUGAUAAAAUUUGGAUAGAUGAGUAUUUACUUGAAGCAAAACAGGCACUCGGGUAUCCGUUAGAAUCGUCCGAAAGUUACGGGGAUGAUAACCCAGCUAAACAAUUUGAUACAUUGUUGUAUUUGGCAUUUGGGCAUCCACAUUGUGAGAGAACGAAUGCGAGACAUGUGCGGUCUGGGCAUUCGAGGUUAGGUUUUUUGGGUCAGUAUGUGCUUGAAUUGGCUAUGGCUGAGUUUUUCUUGCAGAGGUAUCCGAGGGAGUCUCCCGGGCCGAUGAGGGAAAGAGUGUAUGCUUUGAUUGGAAAAAAGUUUUUGCCAAAAUGGGUUAAAGCUGCUAGCUUGCAUAACUUGAUUUUUCAGUAUGAUGAUAUGGAUAGGCUUGUUAGAAAAGAACGAGAACCGCCGGUGAAGUCCGUUGUUUGGGCUUUGUUUGGAGCGAUUUACUUGUGUUUUGGUAUGCCGGAAGUUUACCGUGUACUUUUUGAAGUAUUUGGGAUGGACCCUGAAGAUGAAGAGUGCCAGCCUAAAUUAAGAAGACAACUUGAAGAUGUUGACUAUGUCUCUGCUGAAUUUGAAGGAAAAAAACUCGGUUGGCAAGAGGUUGCUACUUACAAGCCUCCUGAAGAUGCCCUUUUUGCUCACCCAAGGCUUUUCCGUGCUUGCGUACCACCAGGGAUGCAUAGGUUUCGAGGAAAUAUAUGGGAUUAUGACUCUCGACCUCAAGUUAUGAAGACAUUAGGAUAUCCCUUGCCAAUGAAAGAUAGAAUCCCAGAAAUUACCAAUGCCAGAAACAUAGAACUUGGCCUUGGGUUACAGCUUGCAUUCUUACACCCAUCAAAGCACAAGUUUGAGCAUCCUCGGUUUUGCUUUGAACGACUUGAAUACGUUGGCCAAAAGAUCCAGGAUCUUGUAAUGGCAGAGAGGCUGCUUAUAAAGCAUAUAGAUGCUCCGGGAAAAUGGUUGCAGGAGAAACACCGACGUAUUCUUUUGAACAAGUUUUGUGGCAAGUACCUGAGAGAAAAACACCUCCACCGUUUCAUAAUUUACAGCGAGGAAGUAAUAGAUUCCUAUGAGCACAAUCGCAGGCUCAGGAACCCUGCCACCACCUCUGUACAGCAAGCCAUUCACGGACUUUCAUACACUGUCUAUGGCAAACCGGAUGUUAGACGACUCAUGUUUGAGGUUUUUGACUUCGAACAAACUCAACCCAAAGCCGUAUGACUGUUGGAUCGAUAUGAUGAACCAGAUCUUGCAUUUGAUAUUGGGUUGUUGCAUGUAGAUUAAUGUAACCAUCUCUUUCUUUUGUUUGACAAUAAUUAUAUAGAGUUGUAUGAUUAGAAAAGAAAAGGUGUUGUUGAGGUCCGUAGCAAGGGCAAAAAGCAGAGUUUGGAAAAUAUUUGAUGAAGAAUGUAAUAUGAUUACUUGUGUAAUCUAAGUAGAUCAAAAGAUGAUAGUUCAUGUAUGUCAUUAUGACUUUGUUUGAUA